AUGGCUACGAGGCCUUCUCAUACUGCCGACUCGGUGAGGAGCGACACUUCUCUCCCCGAUCACGCCAUUGAAGAGAAAGAUGUCAGCAAAACCAUCAUGAAGGAUGUCGACGCCGUUGUGCAUAACCUUGUUGAGAAACUUGAACAUACGGGCGAUGUUAUGGCACCAAUCGACGACAUCGAGUAUGUCAUGGACAAGAUUGAAACCCUGACGGUGCCAGAGUGCAAAGCGAUCCUGGAAGAACUGCUCAAGUCGCACGAGUACGACUACAAUUUCUCAAACACUCUGCGGCAGAAGCUCGCCGACCUCCUCAAGGGACCGGGCGAGGGACAAAGCACCGCCGAAUGGGAGCUGGAGCUUAAGACGGAAACAGCAGUAAACAAGUUCUACUCACCGUAUCCCGAGGUGCGAGCCAUCAGCACUCCCACCGACGACGUCGACAUUCCCUGCGAGACUAUCCGUGCUCACCUUCUGGGCUACCUGUGGGCUAUUCUGGCUCAGUUCACCAACUCGCUGUUCAAUUCGCGCUUCCCCCAAAUCACCAUCACAUCUGCCGUCACGCAAAUCUUGCUCUAUCCAUGUGGACUACUCGUGGCCGCAGUCCUACCAGAUUGGGGCUUCACCGUGGGCGGCAAGAGGAUCUCACUCAAUCCGGGGCCGUGGUCGUACAAGGAACAAAUGCUGGCCACCAUCAUCAUCGACGUGGGCUUGACUUCGGCGUACUGCUUCUGGAACAUCCAGACCCAGACCGUCUACUACAAGGACAAGUGGCUCACGCCGGGCUACGGCAUUCUGCUCCUGCUCUCCACGCAGCUGAUGGGACUCGGAUUCUCCGGCCUCCUGCGCCGCUUCGUCGUGUAUCCCGUCGAGGCGCUGUGGCCCAACAUCCUGCCCACCCUGGCACUCAACCGGGCGCUUCUGGUGCCGGAGAAGAAGGAGACGCUCCAUGGCUGGAGCAUGUCGCGGUACAAGUUCUUCUUCAUUGUGUUUAGUGCCAUGUUUGUCUACUUUUGGUUGCCUGAUUACCUGUUUCCCGCGCUGAGCCUGUUUGCUUGGAUGACUUGGAUCGCGCCAAACAACUUCAACCUGAAUGCCAUUACGGGCUCCCAGAUGGGAUUGGGCUUCAACCCCGUUUCCACGUUUGACUGGAACGUGCUGUCCACCUAUUCCCAGCCGCUGGCUUAUCCGUUUUUCGCAUUCAGCCAGCAGUUUAUGGGCACGGUUCUCGGCGGUUGCAUCAUUAUAGCGUUGUAUUAUACCAACGUGCAGUGGACGUCGUACCUUCCCAUCAACUCGUCUGGCAUCUUUGACAAUACGGGAAGCCCGUACAACAUUACCAAGGUUGUCAAUUCCGACACGGGGGCCUUGAACGAAGCCGACUUCCAGGCAUAUUCUCCGGCUUUCUACAGUGCCGGAAACCUGCUCCUCUACGGCGCAUUCUUUGCCUUUUACCCACUUACCAUGGUUUUUAUUCUUCUCGACGCCUGGAGACCGCUCCUGAAAGCGUACAAGUCCAUGAUGGUGUCUAUUCUCACGACUAUUCGACAACUUGUCGUGGGGGUGAAAAACGCAGCGGCGUCGCUUCUCAAGGGCAAUGUACGAGAAGCAGGCCGGCAUUUGUACAACAUCAUGAAUGACGAGACGUCGAUUUACGACGCGUUCGACGACCCAUUUACAAACCUGAUGCGCAACUACCCCGAGGUUCCAGACUGGUGGUUCUUAAUGAUUGCCUUCAUCUCCUUCAUCCUCGCCAUUGUCGUCGUGACCAACUGGCCUCAGCUUGACACACCAGUGUGGACAAUCUUCUUCGUCAUCGGGCUCAACUUGGUAUUCCUGAUUCCAAUGUCCUAUCUAUACGCCAUCUCGGGCACAACCGAAGGACUCAAUGUCGUCACCGAGCUCGUCGUCGGCUACGCUUUACCCGGACGCCCAGAAGCCCUCAUGUUUGUCAAGGCCUUUGGGUACAACAUUAACGGACAGGCAGAUAAUUACAUUUCCGACCAAAAGAUGGGCUUCUACGCCAAGGUGCCCCCCCGCGCCAUGUACCGCGGCCAGAUUAUGAGUGCCAUCAUCACGGCGCUCGUUGCCUACGGCGUUGUCCAAUUUGCCGACACGCAGAUCCCCGGCAUUUGCACGCCAGACCAGGAGUCCAAGUUCAACUGCGCCAACGGCUCCCAGGUGUACUUUGCCUCGUCGGUAGUUUGGGGCGCCAUCGGUCCCAAGCGAAUUUUCAGCCAGAUUUACCCUGCCAUGAAGUACUGCUUCCUGCUCGGCUUCCUCCUCGCCCUCGUGUGGUGGACCACGAAGCGUUUCGGGUCGCACGUCCGUGAGGCGUGUAGGGCUGCCCUGCCCGCGGCCGUCUUCACACCGCUUAAUGUUGCCGUCUUUACGCCCAUUUCUUGGCUGAAACAUGUCCACCCGUCGCUUGUUUUCAACGGAUUGCUGCAGUGGGCGCCGGUCAAUCUGACCUACUUUACUGGUGGCUUGUAUCUCUCCUUUGCCUUCAUGUUCUAUCUUCGGAGAUACAAGACGGCGUGGUGGGAAAAGUACAACUAUGUGCUUUCGGCUGGACUUACUGGUGCCGUGGCGUUUUCGGGCAUUAUUAUAUUUUUUGCGGUGCAGUAUCACCCCAAGACGAUUAGCUGGUGGGGUGUCGAUAUUGUCUCGAAUACGAUUGAUGGCGGAACCGGUCAGGGCGCUCGGUUGACUGCGAUGCCUGCCAAGGGGUAUUUUGGUCCGGACACCUGGUCUUAG